GAGGCGCUGUCAACAUGGCGUCGCCCGUGGCUCGCCUGCUUUGCUUUUCGGCUCUGAGAAACGCCCGUAUUUCUCAUCGAUCGCUUCAUGACUGUCACUCAAACACUGUCACAGCAUGUCGGACAGCAGUGACCACCUCAUCCGGAGCCAUUCUGCCCAAACCAAAAAAGACCCAUUUCGGCCUUAUCCGGAUUGCUCUGGUAGUGGUGCCCUUCUUGUAUGUGGGGACUCUGAUCAGCAAGAACUUUGCAGCACUGCUGGAGGAGCACGACAUCUUUGUGCCCGAAGACGACGAUGAUGAUGACUGAGGCGGGUUUUCCAGACUUUACAGAACCACCAUAGGGAGAUCUGAAGAAUCAAAGUGAACACCUUCCCAAGUGAUCCUGCUUAAGUCAUGUUACAUCAUCUCUGCUUGGACUUGCACUAUACAUUCAUUAAUUUACACUAGGGCUGUCCAGGUGUCUGUUGCUGCUACUGUACUGUUUUGCCUGUACUAAAAGCCUAAUAAACCAAACUGUUGUUAGUAGUAGAUAACCUUUUAAUUGGAUGCUAAUUUAUUACAUCACCAAAAGUAUUUAGAGAUAUUCAUUUAAAAUCAUCAGCCGAACCACAACUUUGUAGAUAUUGAUUAUAUUUACAAUAAAUGGACAUCACAAAGACUAAGGACAUGGACAUCAGGUGAAUUCACAGUUCAUGGGUCAUGACCUUUGUAGAAUUUGGACAGAAAGUCAGUAGGACGUGGCUCCUCUGACUCCCUGAAGAAGCGCAUGAUGUGAGUUUUCUGUUUCCAAACAUGAAUGGUUUCCUCCAGUUCCAUUUUACCCUGUGAAUGAACACAAACAGUUACUGAGUAAUGUACCCAGCUUUCUAAUACAACAAUAGGAACACAAGUAAUGUCACUGCAUUACCUGGUCUGAGUGGCCAGAGUAUGUGGAUUGUGGUUUAAAAAUAUGUCAGCUUUAAAUUGUUUGAUUGAUCAAGUUUUGUCAAAAAGACCUGAGACUGAUCUAAAGUGCUACUAAAUGACAUACUAGGAACUAGUACUUUGAAUAGUAUUUUCUUUGUGUACUUUUUACUUACGCACAUUUUCAGCAGCAGCAGUAUUUGUACAUGUACUUUUACUUAAAGGUGCAUUAUGUAACUUGUCUGGUGGAGGGUCUGUCAUGCUUCUCUACAUGAACAUUUUAUUGUGUUUCUUGGAGUGUUCCACUGUGUGAUACUUAAAUAUCUCAACUAAGCACAACAAGUGAUGCCACAGGGCCAAGUUACAGGGUGAGAGGCAAGCCCACUUACAAUAAAAAUGCAUGUUUUUGAGUUAGUGAAA